AUGGCGGCCGCCAAGGACAACCAUGAGGACCACGAUACCUCCACCGAGAACGCAGACGAAUCCAACCACGACCCUCAGUUUGAGCCUAUCGUUUCUCUUCCUGAGCAAGAAAUUAAAACCCUGGAAGAAGACGAAGAGGAACUUUUCAAAAUGCGGGCGAAGCUGUUCCGAUUCGCUUCCGAGAACGACCUCCCGGAAUGGAAGGAGCGGGGCACGGGCGACGUGAAGCUCCUGAAGCACAAGGAGAAGGGGACCAUCCGCCUCCUCAUGCGGAGGGACAAGACCCUGAAGAUCUGCGCCAACCACUAUAUCACGCCAAUGAUGGAGCUGAAGCCAAACGCAGGCAGUGACCGUGCCUGGGUCUGGAACACACAUGCCGACUUUGCUGAUGAGCGCCCCAAGCCGGAGCUGCUGGCCAUCCGCUUCCUCAAUGCCGAAAAUGCACAGAAAUUCAAGACAAAGUUUGAAGAAUGCAGGAAAGAGAUCGAAGAGAGAGAAAAGAAAGGAGGAUCGGGCAAAAACGAUAAUGCCGAGAAAGUGGCUGAAAAGCUAGAAGCUCUUACGGUGGAGGAGAAAAAGGAGUCCGAAGAGGAGGAGACCAAGGAGAAAGCUGAGGAGAAGCAAUAA